GAAGUGGCAACUUAUGUGCUGUCAGCUUGCACUGAGUGUAAACGCCGGAAGCAAAAGUGCAGCCGGUAUUGGCCGUGCCGACACUGCGGCUCUCGUCGAGUUGGAAACCAUUGCACCUUCCAGUCGGUUCUCGAAGUAAAGGCUCCAGAGGAACGCCAGGCUCAGAUCAACGGGCUCGCGGCGGAGAUGGAAGGGGCAAGCUUCUUUUCGCACGCACUGAAUGAAGAGUUGGAUGACAACAGUACCAGCACCGUUGACGACCUCGAGUCACUGGGUUACUCU